AUGCCAUCCUUCCUUGGUUUCACGUGUCUGGGGAGACUGUGCAGCUCUGAGAAAAGCAAAGUCACCUCAUCUGAAAGAACCAGUACCAGGGGCUCAAACAGAAGGAGACUGGUUGUCAAGGAUGUGAGUAUCACUGGGACUCCGUGCCCCACUCACAGACGAGCCACCAUCACACAUUUGUUGUACCUACCCCCUGAGAACCACUGCCUGUGUGAGCACAUGGUUAGCAGCUUCAAUCCUCUUGUUGCCCACCCUCAGGACCCUCCCCACCCAUCAGAGAAGCCUGUCAUUCACUGCCAUAAGUGUGGGGAGCCAUGCAAAGGUGAAGUGCUUCGGGUCCAGACCAGACAUUUCCACAUCAAAUGCUUCACCUGCAAAGUGUGUGGCUGUGACCUGGCACAAGGGGGCUUCUUCAUCAAGAACGGGGAGUACCUCUGUACCCUGGACUACCAGCGCAUGUAUGGGACGCGCUGCCAUGGCUGUGGGGAGUUCGUGGAAGGAGAGGUGGUGACUGCUCUGGGCAAAACCUACCACCCCAACUGCUUUGCCUGCACUGUCUGCAAACGCCCAUUUCCACCCGGAGACCGUGUCACGUUCAAUGGGAGAGACUGCCUUUGUCAACUCUGUGCCCAGCCGAUGUCCUCCAGCCCCAAGGAAGCCUCCUGCUCCAGCAGUAAGUGCCCGGUGGAUGGUGCUCCGUACUGCGAGAAGGACUACCAGGGGCUCUUCGGGGUGAAAUGUGAGGCGUGCCACCAGUUUAUCACAGGGAAAGUCCUGGAGGCAGGUGACAAGCAUUACCACCCCAGUUGUGCACGAUGCAGCAGAUGCAACCAGAUGUUCACAGAAGGAGAGGAAAUGUAUCUUCAAGGUUCCACCGUUUGGCAUCCCGACUGUAAGCAGUCUACCAAGACAGAGGAAAAGCUGCGGCCGCCAAACCCUCACCGCUCUUCAUCCGAUUUCUUUUACCCCAAAAGUCUGAUUCGACGCACAGGCCGAUCGCCAUCUCUGCAGCCUACCAGGACCUCCUCUGAGAGUAUUUAUUCUCGACCUGGCUCUAGUGUCCCUGGCUCCCCAGGUCAUACUAUCUAUGCAAAAGUAGACAAUGAAAUCCUGGAUUACAAGGAUUUAGCAGCCAUUCCCAAAGUUAAGGCAAUUUACGACAUUGAACGUCCUGACCUUAUCACCUAUGAGCCUUUCUACAGUUCUGCCUAUGAGGACAAACAGGAGAGACAGAGCCUCGGGGAGUCUCCAAGGACUUUGUCUCCUACGCCAUCAGCAGAAGGCUACCAGGAUGUUCGGGACCGGAUGAUUCACCGAUCCACUAGCCAGGGCUCCAUCAACUCGCCUGUGUACAGCCGCCACAGCUACACUCCAACCACGUCUCGCUCUCCCCAGCAUUUCCACAGGCCUGGCAAUGAGCCGUCCAGCGGCCGGAACUCCCCUCUCCCUUACCGGCCAGACAGUCGCCCUCUAACUCCAACUUACGCUCAGGCCCCUAAACAUUUCCAUGUUCCAGAUCAAGGGAUCAACAUUUACCGAAAACCACCCAUCUACAAACAGCAUGCUGCGCUGGCAGCCCAGAGCAAGUCCUCAGAAGACAUCAUCAAGUUUUCCAAGUUCCCCGCAGCGCAGGCUCCAGACCCCAACGAAAUACCAAAGAUUGAGACGGACCACUGGCCUGGUCCUCCCUCACUUGCCGCCAUAGGAACUGAUAUGAGACGCAGAUCUAGUGGCAGAGAGGAAGAUGAGGAGGAACUUCUGAGACGCCGACAGCUUCAAGAAGAACAAUUAAUGAAGCUCAACUCAGGCCUGGGGCAGUUGAUACUGAAAGAAGAGAUGGAGAGAGAGAAGGAGAGCCGAGAAAGGGCCAGUCGCCAUGAUUCUCCCAUCAGCUCAGCUUCACAUGCUCCGUCAUCUAAAACCUCAUCUCUUCCAGGCUAUGGCAAAAACGGGCUUCACCGGCCUGUUUCCACAGACUUUGCUCAGUAUAACAGCUACGGGGACGUCAGUGGUGGAGUCCGAGACUACCAGACCCUCCAGGAUGGCCACAUGCCCGGGAUGCGGAUGGACCGAGGAGUGUCUAUGCCCAACAUGUUGGAACCAAAGAUAUUUCCAUAUGAAAUGCUCAUGGUGACCAACAGGGGGCGCAACAAAAUCCUAAGGGAUGUGGACAGAACCAGGCUGGAGCGCCAUUUAGCCCCUGAAGUGUUUCGAGAAAUCUUUGGAAUGUCCAUCCAGGAGUUUGACAGGUUGCCCCUUUGGAGACGCAAUGACAUGAAGAAAAAGGCAAAACUCUUCUAA